AUGUCUUUUGCAAAUUUGCGACUGACGCCGUCGCAUCAGUUGGUCCUGCAGGCCUCUGAUGCGGCGGCGGCAUUUACCGCCGCCAGGGCCCAGAAGCCGGAGGAGGUGGAGAAGGAGGCCCGAGCCCGCGUCGUCUCCGGGGGCGGUGACCCCGGGAACCCCAUGCUGGUGCUGGGCUGCCACAGCAUCCAGCUGGGGAAGUACCGGGGUCAGACCUUCAGAUGGCUCCUGGAGAACGACGCGGGCUACGCCUGUCACCUGGUCGCCAGUCACCAGCGGGAGCGGGAGACGAGUGCCUCGGACAGCCCGCUCAUGGCCAACAAGGACAGCCUCGCCCGCUACUCCUGCGCCCACCCCGCUUUGGCAGAGCACCUCAAGUUCCGCCGGGCGCAGGAGGAGGCCCGGGCUCGCGCCACUCUGCCCGGGCGGGGGGGCGAGGCGCUUGUUGGCAUCGGGCUGUUCAAGGAGGACACCCUGAAGGACCUGUACGACUCCAAGGAGAAGGAGCGUCAGAACUACGUCAAGUGGCUACGGCGGAAGACCCCGCAGCCUGGGAGCUCCAUGGACGUCGCCAUAAAGUACAUUCUGGGCCGAGACAAGGAGCGGUCGGCGGAGGCGGCUGCUACACCCCCUCCGCCCGGCAGCAGCAGCACCAGCAGCGGCCCCAGCACCUCCACCAGCAAGGCCGCUGCUUCCACCGUGCUGCCGCCCCGCAAGCCGACCGCUCCCAAUUUCUCGGCCCUUGUGCGCGGGCGUCCGAUGGGCCCAGGGGAGCUGCAGGCCCGGAUCAGGAGCCUGAUGAACCCACCAGCACGGCCUGCAGCUCCAGGUAGGUAGCUCUUUCUUUCUCUUUCACACAACAGAGGUUGAGUGUA